UCAGCCCAAUGGCUCUGUCUCUGGACCGCACAGUAGCGUUGCUCCUGCAGCUCGUCGCGUCGACAGCUGCGGGGUCCGACGCGCCAUCAUCACCGAAAGCUCAAGCUGUGUAUUCCCUAUCGGAACCGCAGCGCGCGUCGCUCGCGUCGAUCAUCGAGCUGACCCAGGGCGCCGACGAGUCCGAGGGCGACGCCGCGGGCACGCGCUGCGGCCUCGCGGACCUGGUGGACGACGCCGACGCCGCGUUCACGGCGGAAUCGGAGCCCGGCGACAGGGCGUCCAUGUGGGACGCGACGACGGGCCGGCCGACGGAGGCCGUGGCGGCCCUGCGGAAGCGCGUCGCGGCGCGGCUCGGCGCGCUCGACGGGUCCUGCGGCGCGCGCGGCGGCGAGCUGCGGCUCCGGGCGGCGCUGGCGCUCGUGAACAGCUGCCUCGUCGGGCGGAGCGCGAACUUCAAGGUCGAGCGGACGACGUCCGACGACUUCGCGGACCUGCUGGGCCCCUGGUUCGCGCCGGGCGUCGGCGCCGUGCUCCUGCUGGCCGUCGGCGGAUUCCUCGCGGCGUUCGACGCCUUGGUCGCGUCGCCGCUCUUGGGGCCCAAGCGGGCGCGCGUGCCCUGCGCGUGCCGCCUCUGCGCCGGCGCCGUGCGCGUCGACGAGAAGAUCGGCGAGGGCGGCUUCGGCGCGGUCUGGCGCUGCGCGACGCCGGCGGGCGUCGUGCUGAAACUCGUGCGCGUCGACCUCGAGCGCGACAUCCACGGGUUGCAGAACGUGCUCGACGAGGCGCGGCACCUGCAGGCCCUGCGCCACGACCACAUCGUCGCCUACUACGACACCUUCGUGCACCGCGAGGACGGCUCCAACGGCCUCUUCGCGCUCGACCUCCGCGGCGGCGCCGUCGCCGACUACGCGUGCAUCGCCAUGGAGGACUGCGCCGGCGGAAGCUUACUGGACCACGUCGCCUCCGGCGUGCCCUUCCCGCUGCCCGCCGUCGUCGAGGUCACGCGCCAGUGCGCGACGGGCCUCGCGUACGCGCACGCCCAGGGCGUCGUGCACCGCGACAUCAAGCUCGAGAACGUCUUCGUGCUCCGGGGCACGAUCAAGAUCGGCGACUUCGGCCUCGCCGUCGCGGCGGCGGCGGGGCCCGCGCGGUCCGACGCCGCGCGGCGCUACGCGGAGCACGCGGCCGGCGGCGGCUCCCGGUCCUCGAGCGUCGGCGGCACCGAGGUCUACCAGCCGCCCGAGUGCUUCGCCGACGGCGACGCCGACGGCGACGACGCCGCGGGGCCGGCGCCGCCGGCGGGCGCCGCGGGCGUCCGCGGCGCGGCCGUCGACGCCUACGGCCUGGGCUGCGUGCUCUACGAGGUCGCGACGUCCGCGUCGCUGCCCAACGAGCCGCCCUUCCUCGGCAUGCUCCUCCUCGAGGACGACGCGGACCGCCACGCGGCGGCCAUCGCGGGCCGCUUCGCGUCGAGCCUCGCGGCCGCGGCGCUCGUCGAGGGCCAGAAACGCGCGGAGACGCGGUCCGACGGGCGGGCGCGCGCGAAGGCCGUCGCGGGCCUCGAGGCGCUCCUCGCGGCCUUGUUCGCCGUUAAAGCGGCGGACCGGCCGCGCCUCGCCGACGUCGCGCGGCUUGGGUGCCUCGGUGGAUACGCGAGCUUCCGCCUCGAGGAGUUCUUCGCCUUCACGUCCCUCGAGCUCUCGCCGGCGGCCGGCCGCGCGUCGACGGUGUCCAAGCGGUCCCGCAUGCUCCGCGCCAAGUCGCUCCCGCGCUGCGGCGGCCGCGGCGCCGACUCGCCCGCGCCCCGCGCGCGCCGCGGCGACGACAGCCCGGACGCGAAUACGCCGUCCCGGGCCAAGUCGGCCGCGGUAGUGGCGCACCCGGCGGUGGCCCUCGAGCACGACGCCGGCGACGACGAGCCGGAGUACAAAACGCUGCCCCGCACCGGUCGACCGAUGCUGUUCGCCGGCGGCGGCCUCGAGGCGUCCGGGGCGCAGCUCCUCGCCGCCGCGGGCCGCGGCGACGCGGCGCGCGUCGGCGAGCUCCUCGAGGCCUGCCGCCACGCGGUGCACUUCCGCGACGAGGAGGGCCGCACGGCGCUGCAUCACGCCGCCGCGGCCGACGCCGAGGCCUGCGUGGCGCUGCUCCUGCCCCACCAGCCCGCGCUCCCGCUGCGCUCCGAGCGCGGCGACACGGCGCUCCACGCCGCCGCGGCCGCCGGCGCCGCGCGCGCCGCGGCCGCGCUCCUCGAGAACCGGCGAUUCGACGCGCGCGCUAUAAACGACUGGGGCGAGACGCCGCUCCACGCGGCCGCGGCGGCGGGCGACGCGCGGACCAUCGACCUCCUCGUCGCCGCGGGCGCGAAACUCGACGCGCCCGACGCCUGGCGCCGCGUGCCCCUGCGCGUCGCGCGAGACGAGCGCGCGGACGUCGGCUGCGUCGGCGCGCUCCUGGGCGCGGACGACCCGCGCAUCGCCGCCCUCGCCGACGACGACGCCCUCGCCGCCGCGUCGCCCCGGCGGCCCCGCGGCGAAGUGGCCGCGCUCCGCGUCGCCGCCGCCGCGCCCGCGGCCAAACCUGAAACCCCCGCGACGCCGAGGACGCCGCCCGGCGGCGACGAGGCGAAGACGUCGCGGACGCCCCACGCGCCGCGGACGCCCCGGGCCUCCGCCGCCGCCGCGCCGCGGCCACCCGCGCCGCCGAAGCAGAGCCCGCUCAAGCCGCUGUCGCACGCGGAGAUCGACGCGGCCGUCGCGGCGCGCAUGCGCGAGCUCAAGGCGUCCCGGGCCGCCGGGGCCGCGCCGGACGCGCCCGCCGACGAACCCUCGGCGGCGCCCGGGGCGCCCGCCGACGAACCGCGCCAGUCCGUCGCCGCCGCGGCGUCGCGGGACUUCGCGCGGCGCCGCAAGAGGGCGCCCGACGACUCUUCGACGAAUCUCGGCAAGCUCCUCGCGUAUCCCGGCGGCGCGCCCGAGGACCUCGCGAGGCGCCUCGACGACGCGGCCUGCGUCGCCAACGGCCGCGACGCCUUCGGCCUCACGGCGCUCCACAAGCUCUGCGCCUGGGACGCCGCGGACCUGCUCGACGUGCUCCUGCCGCGGCUGAGCGCGGAGGACCUCGCCGCGCCGGGCUCGGAGCCGGACCGCGCGACGCCCCUCCACACCUGCGUCGAGAUGGACUCGGCGCGCGCCCUCGGCCGCCUCCUCGCCGACCGGCGCCUCGACGCGCGGCGGCCCGACGCGCGGGGGCGCACCGCGCGCGACGUCGCCGCGGCCGCCGCGCCACACCUCCUCGCCUUCUUCGACGCCGCGCGGUGCUAG